AUGCGGGAUAGUGUGAAGAAGUUAAACAACAAAGGAUCUAAAAAAUUUGGUCAUUUGAAGGUACGUACGAAGGGGAAGAAGGAUAAAGUGAAAGUGGAAUCAAAAUCUUACACAAAUAAUGUUGACGUAUCAAAGAAGAGGGUUAUCUGUUCCCUCAAGAUCAAAGGGCCACGUAAGGAUUCUGCAGAUAAGAAAUUGAUUACUGGACAAAAAUUGCCUUCGAAGAACAAAAAAUCUUCACAGAAGCCAUCCUCAAAGUUGCAAGUCAAAAAGGCUUCUCUUAACUCUAGAAAAGAGGGGGGAAAUGCUGAUGGGGAGGUAAAGCUUCAAAAAAUGAAGAGAAAGAGAAAGAAGAAAAGACAGAGGAAUAACGUGGAUCUUGAUGAUCCUUCACGCCUGCAGAGGAGAACACGGUAUCUUUUAAUCAAAAUGAAGCUAGAGCAGAACCUUAUUGAUGCUUACUCUGGAGAAGGUUGGAAAGGUCAGAGCAGUGUGGCUCAUCAUUAUUCUGUUUUUUGCAUUGAUGGGAACUCCUUCUGCAGUCGAGAAAAGAUUAGGCCAGAAAAGGAGCUACAAAGAGCAAGGAAGCAGAUUUUAAAAUGUAGACUUGGUAUUCGUGAUGCCAUUCGCCAGUUGGAUUCUCUUGGUUCAGUGAGUAGCAUUGAAGAUUCUGCCAUUCCUCCACAUGGAUCUGGUUUCUAUGAACAUAUAAUAUGUGCCAAGUGCAAGAUGCGUGAAGAGGCUCCAGAUAAUGAUGUUAUAAGAUGUGAUGGCACAUGCAAGCGUGCUUUUCACCAAAAAUGUUUAGACCCUCCUUUAGACACUGAAAAUGCUCCUCUUGGAGACUGGUUUUGUAAAUUUUGUGAAUGUAAGAUGGAAAUACUGGAAGCAAUGAAUGCUCAUCUUGGAACUCACUUCUCCUUGCAUAGUGCUUGGCAGGAUGUGUUCAAAGAAGAGGCUGCUAUACCUGAUGGUGAGACUGCAUUAAUGAAUCCUGAAGAAGAAUGGCCGUCAGAUGAUUCUGAAGAUGAUGAUUAUGACCCAGAGAGGAAAGAAGACAGCCAGAAUAUCAACAUGGAAGGAACAAAUGAUAGUUCAUCUGAUGAUUUUAGUAGUUCUACCAGUCUGUGUUAUUCUGGUGGUGAAUAUUCUCCAGUGGAUGGUGUCAGUCAUGAAUAUUUUUUUGUCAAUAGUAGCAUAGAUUCUGAUGAGUAUGAGGACAAAGCCUGUGGGCGUAGGCACCGAAAAGCUGUGGACUACAAGCAACUUUAUGAUGAAAUGUUUGGAAAGGAUGCUCCUGCAUAUGAACAAUUGAGUGAAGAUGAAGACUGGGGUCCUGGACGAAGAAAGCGAAGAGAAAAGGAGUGUGAUGCUGUUGAUUCUCUUAUGACUUUGCACGAAAGUGAGAAUAGGCACCCCAAUAAUGAGCACAUGACUAGAAAAGAUUCUUCAAGCGUAAAUGUCAAAAGGCAUUGUUUUAGGAUUCCGCGUGAUGCUGUUCAGAAGCUUCGCCAAGUUUUUGCUGAGAAUGAACUUCCUCCAAGAUCUAUUAGAGAGGCUCUCUCAAAAGAGCUGGGACUUGACACUGAGAAGGUCAGCAAAUGGUUCAAAAAUGCACGUUACUUAGCACUUAAAAAUAGAAAGCAUCAAGCAGAAGGAGCAGCAACUCAGCUUAAGGGUAUCAUUUCUACAAAGAACUCCACAUUACAAAAUCAAGAGAAUAGUGAUCCUUUGAAAUCAAAGAGCUUGAAAAUUACUACAACUCAUUCCCAGAAGGAUGUCACUGGAAGAAAGAAGAUGAAGUUAUCCAGCAAGAAAAGACAACCAGAGAUUCCUCCACCUCCAGGAGAAAAUGGAAACAAGGACUUCAUGGAGAUGAGUGAUGAUGUGAGCUUGAAGAAACUAUUGAAGAAAAGAAAAAAGAAGUUGGUAAAUUUUACAUUUGAAGGAGAUUAUCAGACGGCAGAGUUGGAAUUUGAAAGACUAUGCAAAUUGAAGCAAAAACUAGAUAGUAUGAAGGAAAAAUUAACUACAAUUCAAAGGUUCAGAGUAAAGGAUUCAGAUGAAUCCCAUGCUAAUGAACCAUCCAUUGUAUAUGUACCCACAGCUGUGUUAAGGGAAAAGGUUGAAUGA